UAGAGCAAAACAUCAACUAAAAUUAGUGGUAUUUUACACGAGUUUAAGAAAAAAAAAAUUUGGACUAUUGUGGACGGUGGGAGUAUAUUGCAAAGCUCCACGCCUCCACCGCAGUCCGGCGGAGCCGCUGCCUCGAUCGUCGCAACGCUGUAGCUGUCUCGACGUUUCGUAGCAGUAGAUGAAGAAUCAAACAAAAAUUCAGAACCUUAAAUCCAUCAGAAAACAACACACAGCACCCGAAAUGUUUGAAGAUGCCCGCCUCAUAUUACCAUGGGCACCACAUGCUCGACGAAAUGCCAAACCGACCAAACGCCUCUGUUCACCCUAUCAUGCUCGAUCUCAUGAUGCAGGCUGACAUAUCUUUCUCAAGCAAAGUGAAAUGAAAGAUCAAAAUAAUACAGUAAUGGAAAAGAUAUGGAAUAGCUUGCUUGUGGAGAAACUGAGUGAGAAAGGGACUAACUUUACAGCAUUUUUAAUUUAUCUCUUGGAACUCUACCCAAAACCAUAUAUGUUACUCCUCGAGAGAAUUCAGCACUGAAUCAGAGAGUGAAAAUGAGUGAUCAAGAAAGCUUACGUGAUGGUCUGUUUAAACUCACCAUGCAACAGAAGUGGGAAGAAGUGGCGAAGAUAUACAAGGAAAACAGAAAUGCUCACACUCUUAAGCUCACCAAAUUAGAGGACACAGCUUUCCAUAUAGCCAUCUCCUGUUACAAUCCGAAAAGCCCCAACUACGCCCAUGAAAGAUGCACCAAGGAAAUGUUCACCUUCAUGAAGGAAUGCGGAUCAGUAUCCGAGCUGGUGAGGAUGCAUAAUGUGAAAGGAGACACCCCUCUCCAUCUUGCAGCUGCAGCUGGAUGGGAGGCCAUCUGCAGACAAAUAGCUUUAGUGGAUACAAAGCUCAUCGAUAUCCGCAACAGUCAUGGUGAGACUCCUUUGUUCGUUUCAGCUCUGCACGGCAACCUUCAGACGUUUAUCUCUCUCCAUGGCAUCUACAACCAUGGCAAGGAUAAGGGUGAUGAGUCUCUCUGUCGGAGGAAAGAUGGAAAUACUGUCCUGCAUUCUGCGAUUUCUGGGGAAUACUUCAGAUUAGCUUACUUUAUAUUGGAGCACUACAAGAAUCUGCUCAAUUAUGUUAAUGUUGAUGGAGAAACUCCUCUUCAUGUCUUGGCCAGAAAGCCUAACUUGUUCAAAAGCAGCUCACAGCUUGGAUUCUAUGAAUCAAUUAUCUACCAUUUUGUAUUUGUUGAUAAUCUGAAGAACCAACAAAUACAUAAUCCAAAGGACACCCAGAUUGAUGACUCAAGUGAAGAGAAUUUCCCAGAAAAUUACCAGACAUGUAUGAGAAUCUUCCGUCUAUUAUGGGAUCCAAUUUCCAAGAGCUAUAAAGCUGGCUGUUUAAGAUCCGAGAAAGAAAAAACGGAUCCAGAAGAUCCACCGUAUAUGGAGCAUGGAGUUCCAAUACAUGAGAGUUUCUUAGGUGGUUGUUCAAGAUCCAAGAUAAAAAUUCCCCCUUCUACUAAUGAAACCAAAGUUUAUGAUUCCUAUCCUCCCAAUUACACUACUUGCAUUUCGAUUUUCAAAUUUGCUACGAUGGUCAUCCUAACAAUUCUUGGAGUUGGAUUCUUGAAGAUAAGAAAGAUUCAUGACAAGAGAGUUCGACACUCUCAUGCGAUGCAGAUCAUGGACAAAAUGAUCGAGAUUGAACCAAGUUACAAAUACGACAACAAUGGCCAGCGCCCAAGCCAUCUCCCAGAAGCAUUCGGUAACAUCCCCGAUAUCCCUCCCAAUGCUGAAGAACCCCAAACUACAGAAUCCAACAGCCCAACCAUCAGUUCCUCAGCUAAAGAUCAGCAGCAAAACAAUGGUAGUAAUGAUAAGAAAGAUCAAAACCAGUCAGGAGACGAGAAGUCUAAAAGUGUAGUGAAGGACACCCCACUGUUAGUAGCAGCUAAAAUGGGAAUCCCAGAAAUGGUGAAGAAGAUACUUAGCGCAGUGCCCGUAGCCAUCCAAGAUCAAGACUCGGAAGGGAAGAAUGUGCUGAUGGUGGCAGCAGAGCACAGGCAAACCAGUGUUUUUGAUUUUUUGCUGCAGAAAAAGCUCCCAGAUUAUGUGUUUCAUCAUUUUGAUAAUGAAGGAAACAACAUACUUCACCUCGCAGCAAAGCUCGGAGAGAAGCAGCCAUGGCGCAUUCCCGGUGCUGCUCUGCAGAUGCAAUGGGAAAUCAAAUGGUACAAGUAUGUGAAGAGCUCAGCUCCAGCACAGUGUUACAAUCACCCCAACACAAAGGGUGAGACUCCAGCCCAGAUUUUCACACAAACACACGAGAAUUUAGUCAAGACAGGAAACGACUGGCUGGUAAAAACCUCGGAAUCCUGCUCCGUCGUGGCGGCUCUCAUCGCCACGGUCGCAUUCGCCACCUCUGCCACAGUCCCCGGCGGGCUUGACCAAAACCAAGGCUUCCCUAUUAUGAGAGACCGCAGAGCCUUCGAUGUCUUCUCCAUAGCUUCACUGAUCGCGCUCUGCCUUUCCAUCACAGCGCUCGUUUUCUUCCUCGCAAUCAUCACUUCCCGAUUCGAAGAGCGCGAUUUCAAGCAAGACCUGCCGAGGAAGCUGCUGAUGGGGAUGAGCUGUCUGUUCUCGGGCAUAGCGGCGAUGCUGCUGUCGUUCUGCGCGGGGCAUACUUUUAUACUGAGGGAGAAGCUGAGGAUAGUGGCGAUGCCUAUAUACGCAGUGGCGAUGUUUCCGGUCGUGCUCUUCGCCAUCGGGGAGUUGCCUUUAUACUUUGAUAUUCUCUGGGCUGCCUAUGUCAAAGUGCCACUGCGCAGCUACAACAUCUUCCAUCGCUAGAUCUAUUAUCUAUACAUCACAAACUCCUCAUUCUUGUCUUGCAAUGAAUAAAUAAAUUAGGAUUGUAUGCGCUUGUUUCAUUUUUUUGUUGUAUUAUUCAACACCAACCUGUUUUUAUUGUUGUCAUAUACUAUCCUUUAUUAAUUUGUUUUUGUGCGACAGGUUUGAAAGUUCAAAUUUUUUCUACACAACUUUAUUA